UCAUCAGCACCACAAUCAAUCACAGACAUCACAGCAACGCGUGAAGAAGAGCUGUGACCGGAAGUGCGCAGAUAAACAGCUUUGUUGAAGAAAAAACGUUCAACUCCUCAGUGAGCAUGGGUCUCCACUUUGGAGAUUUGGCCAGGAUCAGGCAUAUAAUCACAUUCAGCCUGUCCCCCUUUGAGCAGAGGGUUUUUCCUCACUAUUUUUCAGAAGUUCUCCCAAAUACAUGGAGAAGGUUCAGGGGUUCGUUCUUCCCAAUCGCCUCUAAUGUGGUUUUGUUUUACACGGUGUACACUUGGGUCAACCAUAAAAACGAACAGAGCAAAAGGAAGAACCCUGCCGACUACGCCAACGAUGUAUAAACAUCCACUACCUCUCCACAAGCCGCUGUCUUUUCCAGCUCUGUCUAACUAAUAAAGAUGAAAACUAUUUGUGAA